AUGGUAGAAAAUGAUGACGAAACUAAGGAGUUACUUAAAAAAAUAGAGAGUGCAUAUCGCGAGAAGAUGGAAUUGGAAAGACAAGUAAAAGAAGAGGAAAAGGAGCUGGAAUUGCUCCAACAACAUUCCUUCACCGUUGACUAUAUGAUUGAGAACUUUGGAAGCCUUAUGACAUUAAUGCAUUCCGAAAACCAAGACACGACGCCAUUUAUUCGCCUCAAAAGAAAUUUACAAAGAAUAGAUUUUUCAAAAAUGUUACAGGGCGAUAUACUAACUACAGUUGAGCAAAGUUACCGUGAAGAAUGGGAUAAAUUGCAAAAGGAAUUUGCAGAAGAAUUGUCUUGGCAGGAAAAAAUGAAGAACCGUAGUAUAGUUCAAGAAUAUUACCAAAGAACUUCGGCUUUAAAUAAAGCUAAACAAUCAUUCGAAGACAUAAAAAUAAGUUUGCAGAAGCGCUUGCAAGAAGCUCAAGCCCUGACUAAUGCUGCUCGGGACGAAAGGAACAUGCUAAUCGUUUCAAUAAUUGAAGGUUCUAAGGAAUUAAGAAAUGUUCAGGAAGAGCACCAUCAAUUGGUUACAUUUAAGGAGAAGAUUCAGCAAUUGAAAGAUCGGAAGUUGGAAUUGCAAAUAGAGUUAAGCAAGUUACCGACACCCUUACCAACUAUGGAUUUACAAACAAGCUCCACACCUUUCCAAGCUCAAUUUCAAAUGGCUGCAUUUCCUUUUUUAACAAAUAUCAUGCAAAACGUUAAUUCAUCUCUUAAUAACAAAAUUCCUUCGCUGACUACUGUCCCCAUUUCGGAAGCAUUCGGAACAGUCAGUGCUCCAACUGUGAAUUCUGUAUAUUCUCCAAAAAAAAAUGAUGGACAUGUACAUUUUAAAAAGCCCACGACUAAUACAAAUCUUGCGGUUGACUCAAAUCGCGUGGAUUCAAAUUUCAAAUCGAAUAUAGAGUCCAAAAAACUAAUUACUGGUAACAGAGUUACGGAUGACUUGAACAGCGUGUGUACGACUUUUGAAUGCAAUGUCGGAUGUGAAAACCCCAUCAACAGUGAGAAUACAAUCUCUGAGUUGAGUAUCGGUAUUGAAAAGAUCGUGGUGGAUGAGAAAAUUGAAAACAAGACGUACUCUAUUUCUGAAUUGAGUGCUGAAGAUCGACGACAACAAUCUCACAUUCCUGAAGAGGUAAUACUACAAGAAACGGAGGAGGAAAAACCUGAUGAAGCGGCUGAAAAUGUAAUUAACUUAAAAAAUCCAGAAAAGAUUUCAAAGCCAAAAAUUGAGAUAUUAGAAAAUGUGGUUCUUAAAUUACCUAAGCUUGUUAAUGUCGCCGAAAAGAAGGAGCCUGACGACGAAAAAAUCAUUGGCGACGUUAAGGAUCAAGAAACUACAAAAGAAUCAGAAUUGUUUUCUUUAUCUUCUUCUUCUAAGCAACUUGCAGCCAGUUUUACACCUUCUAAAGAUUUCAGUGCAUAUUUCAAAACGAGUGCCUUUUUAUCGGACGACAUUUCGAGGAAUAAUGACAAGGUGCCGGUGGAGAAAAAGAAAAGUGAAGAUGUUCCACUUACGGAAAAAAUGGUCGUCAACUCAGAGAUAGGGGAUUUCGGCUUUGCUUCGAAAAGUUUCAUGUCUAAUGCCAGUGAUAAAAAUAAUGACCAAGAUGAUAAAAGCGACUUUCUAUAA